CAAGGGUACCUGGGGCUAAUUUGCACCGACAAAGCAGCUGUAGUCACCACGGUUCCAUCUUCUCCAUGAUGUUGCCCUUAGCCAAAAACGCGCUAAGCCGUCUCCAAGUUCGAAGCAUUCAGCAAGUGGUGGCAAGGCAGAGCCACCAGAAAAGGACACCUGAUUUCCAUGACAAAUAUGGAAAUGCUAUAUUGGCAGGGGGAGCCAUCUUCUGCAUUUCUACAUGGACACACACAGCUACACAAAUUGGAAUAGAAUGGAACCUGUCCCCUGUUGGCAGAGUCACCCCAAAGGAAUGGAGAGAUCACUCGGUAGUCAUGCCAGCUGCUACAAUAAUCAAGACAAUGUUUCCAAACCAACUUAUAAGUGAUGCUAGGUUAAAAAUCGUGUAUUAA